UCCAAUGCAGGCAGGUCUGUCUGCGUGCCUGUGGGGAUGUGGGGAACGGUUGCAGGCAGGGGAAGGCGUGACCUGCAUGGAAAAUGCCAGACAGCUCCAGACGCACACACACAUAGGCGCACACACGCUCACAAAUCUCCGGACAGAGAUAAGGCGGACAGCGGAGCACUCGGGAGGAGGCAAAGCCGUCCCCUGCAAACCAAUCGUCAAUCCUUCACACCAAACCCACGAGCAAACCCUCCUAGCAGCAAAAUGAGGUACCCUAUGACAUGGGCCUUCUGUGCCUUGCUGCUCUAUACAGUGGAAGCCAUUGAGCUGACGGACAUGUUUGGGGAGAUCCAGUCUCCCAACUUCCCAGAUUCCUAUCCCAGUGACUCGGAAGUGACAUGGAACAUCUCUGUGCCUGACGGAUUUAAAAUCAAGCUGUACUUCAUGCAUUUUGACUUGGAGUCCUCCUACCUCUGUGAAUACGAUUAUGUGAAGAUUGAAGCUGAGGACCAGGAGCUGGCAACCUUCUGCGGCAGGGAGACCACAGACACUGAGCAGGCUCCUGGCCAGCAAGUGAUCCUGUCCCCGGGGCCCUACAUGGGGCUCACUUUCAGGUCUGAUUUCUCCAAUGAGGAGCGCUUCACCGGCUUUGAUGCCCAUUACACUGCCGUGGAUGUGGAUGAGUGCCUGGAGAAAAGCGAUGAGGAGCUGGCCUGUGACCACUACUGUCACAACUACAUUGGCGGGUACUACUGCUCCUGCAGGUUCGGUUACAUCCUCCAUUCCGACAACAGGACCUGCAAAGUGGAGUGCAGCGAUAACCUGUACACCCAGAGGAGCGGGGUGGUCACCAGCGCCGACUUCCCCAGCCCCUACCCCAAGAGCUCGGACUGCCUAUACCGUAUCAAGCUGGAGGAUGGUUUCUUCAUUACCCUUAGCUUUGAGGACAGCUUCGAUGUGGAAGACCACCCUGAGGUGACCUGUCCUUAUGACUACAUCAAGAUCAAAGCUGGAAAUAGGGAGUUUGGCCCUUUCUGUGGAGAGAAGUCCCCAGGACGCAUUGAAACCCAAACCAAUAGUGUUCAGAUCCUCUUCCACAGUGACAACUCUGGAGAGAACAGGGGCUGGAAGCUGUCAUACACAGCAAUUGGAAACCCAUGCCCACUGGUGCAACCGCCAAUCAAUGGGAAAAUUGAGCCUUCCCAAGCCAAGUACACCUUCAAAGACCAGGUUGUCAUCAGCUGCAACACCGGAUACAAAGUACUGAAGGAUAACCUGGAAAGCGACUCCUUCCAGAUAGAGUGUCUAAAGGAUGGGACGUGGAGUAACAAGAUCCCUAUCUGCAAAAUUGCUGACUGCAAAGCGCCGCCGGAGCUGGAGCAUGGCUUUGUCACCUUCUCCUCAAGGAACAACCUGACCACCUACAGAGCAACCAUCCAGUACCACUGCCAGCACCCCUACUACCACAUGGCCCCCAACAGCACUGCCACUUACACAUGUGAUGCAUCAGGGGUAUGGAGGAGUGAAGAGCUGGGGACCAAGCUGCCAUCCUGCCUACCAGUGUGUGGCCGGCCGGCUCGUCCUCUGCCAGGGAUCAUCAAGCGCAUCAUUGGUGGCCGGAACGCAGAGCCCGGCUUCUUCCCCUGGCAGGCCCUGAUUGUGGUGGAGGACAUGUCCCGUGUGCCCAACGACAAAUGGUUUGGCAGUGGGGCCCUGCUCUCAGACUCCUGGGUGCUGACAGCUGCCCACGUGCUGCGCUCCCAGCGCCGAGACAAGACUGUCAUCCCCGUCUCCAAGGAGCACGUCACUGUCUACCUGGCCCUUCACGAUGUGAGGAACAAGAUGGAGGCUGUCAACCGGACAGUAGAAAGGAUCAUCCUCCACGAGGAGUUUGACAUCCAGAACUACAACCAUGACAUUGCUCUGGUCAAACUGAAGGAGAAGGUGACCAUGGGGAACUAUGUCAUGCCUGUCUGCCUGCCCCAGUUUGAGCACGAGCUGGAGGGGCCUCACCCCAACACGCUGGGGCUGGUGGCUGGCUGGGGUAUCUCCAACCCCAACAUCACGGUGGACGAGAUCAUCAGCUCGGGCAUGAGGACACUGUCCGACAUCCUGCAGUACGUCAAGCUGCCGGUGGUGCUGCACGCAGAGUGCAAGACCAGCUAUGAGUCACGGUCAGGGAACUACAGUGUGACUGAGAACAUGUUCUGUGCCGGCUACUAUGAAGGUGGGAAGGACACUUGCUUGGGAGACAGCGGAGGAGCCUUCGUUAUCCAGGACCCGGGAACCCGGAGGUGGGUGGCCCAAGGGCUGGUCUCAUGGGGUGGCCCGGAGGAGUGCGGGAGCAAGCAGGUCUAUGGUGUGUACACUAAAGUCUCCAACUAUGUGGACUGGGUGGAGAAGAAAACAGGCUCCUCGGAGAGGUGGACAUUUCUAGACCCGGAGCUGGAGAGAUGAGUGACUAAGCAGCCAACUGCCACAGCUCCCUUUCUUUUGUUGUUGCUGUUUAAUGUGCUCCAGACUCUGGUCUUUCGCAAGCAGUAGCCACAACACUCAGUGCACGCCAGGCCUUUGCCAGCCCUCCCCAUCAUUUGUUUUGCUUGGUCCCGCAUCCCUUUUCUUGUACUCCUAGGAAAUGCUAGGGAGCUGGAGGAAGGGAGCGAAGGGCAAAAUCUCAGCUGGCAUCCUCAGCUUGUGCUGCCUAUCUGCAGACCUCAACCCACACUCCUGGGGAGCCUCCCUCCGAGCCAGGACAAAGGCACAGCAAUGGAAGCAGCAUUUCCCUGCCACCAGAGCUUUGGGCUGCACAGAGAAUUGUCCCCAUACCCAUGCUCUCCAGCCUGAUCUUACCAUCAGAUGCAAUUGCAGGAGCUGCAGAGGCUACAGACAGUGCAGAAAACCCAGCCAAGCUGGCCUGGAUCUCACAGCCCCCCCUCUGUCUAACACUUUUUCUGUGCAAGGUAGGAGUACUGAGGCAGCCCUGAGGGUUUGCUGUUAUUUUUGUUUGCAAACAAACCUCCCUGCCUGAUGGCAUCUCAGGUGAUGUCAAUCUGGCCCCAGGGAUGUGAGGAGGUAUCCACGUUAGCCCUAAAUUUCAGCCAUGGCUGCCAAGACAGCACCAACUCAAAUGGGCUACCUUUAUCCCACCAUGUGGGAUGGAUGACCCACAGAAAACACAAAGACAGGGAGUGGGGUUUGGACCCACUGUCACAUUCACCUCCAGCCACUAGAACUUCUCCAGCCCUCUAUCACCUCAAGCCCUCUCCAGUCUUCCUUCAGACUAGCACUUGGAAUGUUUUCCAGCCACAGCAGCCCUCCCAGGGAAAGUUUUCCAACACAUGAGACAACAUCACACCUGCUGUACCAAAGCAAUACUUAUUUUCAGCAGAAUCAUUUCAGACAAAGUGUCCUUCCUGUGGUUCCACCUCUUUUUUAGGGGCCUGGGUAGUCCUGCAUGGCAGUGUAUUCAUUAUUUCAAGAAGUUCAUCCCUUCUAACUGCUUUUAAGGUUUGGCUGAUUUACAGGCUGUUGAUGGUAUUUAGUGUUUGUUCUAAUAGGAUCCACUGGCCUAUUGCAGAUGUCCGAGCCAUUCUAGACUGACCCUAGCUCAUUUAUCACACAAGAAGUAUCCAUAUCUCCCCAGCCAUUCUCCAUGAUCCACAGAAACAAGUAAACCCACCAAGGAACAAGUUAAGGCCAGCUGGCCUUCCUUCAGUAAGGACAAUCUCCUUCACUUGCCUUACAGCUCUCCUAUAGCUGUAAGCCACAUGCAAAAGUUGCCUUGCUGUCCUCUCUGCAUGCCUUUUUUGGACCUCUCCUCCUCCUCCUCCUUUGGUUCUGCCAUGCAAAGACAGAGUCAACAGUGAAUGAACCACUCAGCCAUUUUGGUAUAACCCAAAAAGCCAUUUGUAGAGCAUGCAGAGGAGCACAAGGCCUAAGGAAGGUUAAACUUGCAGACACGCUAAGAACUGUACUCUUGGUUAUGUCAUGUAACUGCAAGGUAUUUUUAUAUAUACAUACAUAUAUAUAUUUCUUUUUUUGAUACUACAUUCUGUAAAAUAUCCGAUGUCACAUAAGGAUGGUUCUGCGUAACCUUCCUCCUGAAACAAAAUAAAACUUUGAUAUGUACUGA